UUUUAAAAUGGUCACCCCCAACCCGUUUCCGGCUGGUGAACAGAUAUGCGUUGGACUUUGGUAUCACAUGUAUGGGAAAACCAUGGGGAAUCUGUCGAUAGAGAUCAGUGAUCAAUCUGGAACACUUAAAACACAAAUGCUCGUGGCAUAUGGUUCGCAGGGAUUUGAAUGGAACUAUUGGUCAACUGUCGUUAACGCCCUCACAUUCGAUGCAUUGAUAGCCAUCACAGGAGUAUGUGGUGCCUGGAAAAGGUCAGACAUCUGUUUCGACGAUGUGUUGAUUGACCUGUGCUGAAUAAUACAUAUUCAGUUUCAGUUGACAAUCAAAACACAUAACUGAAAA